ACGCUAUGCAUGCAAAGACCUAUCAAACGCAAUCUCUGCUUGUUGGUCAUGCGUGGGCGACUGCAGACACCUGGCAACGAUUCGAAAAGCAAAUAUUCAAAUCGGUCUACCUCCAAUCCGGAUUUGAAUCCAUUUUAUGACCCGCCACCUUCAAAUGAAUUUGAAAAUCCUAUUGGGUCUGUAUCUGGGAGCCCAAGAAAAUUAGAAGAAGAAAAUAUCCACAAUCACUCUCUCAAGUUCACUCUCAUAUCUGAUUCCAUUAAUGAAUUUUGGAAUCUACCCCAACUACCAAAUUGCAGUGACAGCAUUAUCAAAACCGGAUCACACUAUAUACUCAAAAUAAAGGUUAGAAAAUGUGCACAAUACAUGUACCACUCCUACAGCGAACCACACUCACUGCUCAAGACAAAGGUUUGCAGACACACACAUUACAGGUUCUGCUCCUUCAGAUUGCUAGUAGUCCAAGGCAACUUCAAACUCAGCCAUGUGAAGGAAUCUCUUAGCUGGAAACCAUGGUCUUAUCCUUGGUCUUAUGCCUGUGAAACAAAAAGACAAUCCAAAUAUAAGCCUUGA